CCUGCCAGUAUCGCCAGCGAAGCGGUCUGACAGCAGGAUCGCAGCGAUGGCGGUGGAGACAAUUUCUCCAGACUGGGAAUUUGACCGCUUUGAUGACGGGUCUCAGAAGAUACACACGGAGGUGCAGCUGAAGAACUAUGGGAGGUUCCUGGAGGACUACACCUCUCAGCUCAAAGGCAUUGAGGACGCGCUGGACGACUCGAUUGGAGAUGUGUGGGAUUUCACCUUGGAUCCUAUUGCCUUGAAGCUUCUCCCAUAUGAACAGUCAUCACUAUUGGAGCUUAUUAAAACAGAAAAUAAGGUUCUCAACAAGGUCAUCACAGUCUUUGCAGCCCUCUGCAGUGAGAUUAAGAAGCUGAAAUAUGAGGCAGAGGUCAAGUUCUACAAUGGCUUGCUGUAUUAUGGCGAAGGAGUGUCGGACACCAGCGUGGUGGAGGGGGAGUCUCAGAUUCAGAUGGGCCGUUUCGUCUCCUUCCUGCAGGAGCUGUCCUGUUUCGUGACACGUUGCUAUGAGGUCGUGGUCAACGUGAUCCAUCAGCUGGCCUCCCUCUACAACAGCAGCAAGAGCAGCGCAAAAAUCAUUGAGUCAUCUGGAGUCCAUUUUCAGACGGUGUACGAGCAUCUAGGUGAGCUGCUGGUGGUUCUGCUAGCCCUGGAUGAGAUUAUGGAGAACCACGCCACCCUAAAGGACCACUGGAAGAUGUACAAGAGGUUACUGAAGUCUGUCCACCACAACCCCUCCAAGUUUGCCAUCCAGGAGGAGAAGCUGAAGCCCUUUGAGAAGCUGCUGCUGAAGCUGGAGGGACAGCUUCUGGAUGGCAUGAUCUUCCAGGCCUGUGUGGAGCAGAGGUUUGACAACCCGGGAGAGGGUGUUUCCGUGUCCAAAAACAGUGCUUUCGCUGAGGAGUUUGCCCACAACAUCCGGACCAUUUUCACCAACGUGGAAUCAAAGCUCGGUGAGCCGUCUGAGAUUGACCAGAGGGAUAAGUACGCUGCCGUCUGUGGUCUCUUCGUGCUGCACUUCCACAUCUUCAGGACUGUGGAUAAGAAGCUCUACAAAGCCCUGCUGGACGUAUGCAAGAAGGUCCCGGCUGUGACUCUGACAGCCAACAUCAUCUGGUUUGCUGACACCUUCCUGGUCAACAAGGUCCCCGCGGCAGCCAAGCUGAUGGACAGGAAGAGCCUGCAGAGCAUCCGGGCCCAGAGAGACACCUUCCUGCAGCAGAAAGCACAGACCCUCACCAAGGAUGUACAGUCUUACUAUGUGUUUGUAACUUCCUGGAUGAUGAAAAUGGAGUCCAUCUUAACCAAAGAUCAGAGGAGUGACAAGUUCUCAGAAGACCUGAGCAGCAGGUGUAGUGUCUUUGUGCAGGGCAUCCUCUAUGCGUACGGCAUCAGCACCAUCAUCAAGACCACCAUGAACCUGUACAUGUCCACCCAGAAGCCCAUGACCAAGACCUCAGUGAAGGCCCUGUGCAGGCUGGUGGAGCUCCUCAAGGCGGUGGAGCACACGUUCUACAGGCGCUCCAUGGUGGUGGCCGACUCCGUGUCCCACAUCACUCAGCAGCUGCAGUCCCAGGCGCUGGCCUCCAUCGCCACUGCAAAGAAAAGGGUGAUCUCUGAUAAGAAGUACAGCGAGCAGCGCCUGGACGUGCUGUCGGCGCUGGUGCUGGCGGAGAACGCGCUGAACGGACCCAGCACCAAGGAGCGGCGGCUGGUGGUCUCCCUGGCACUCAGCGUGGGCACGCAGAUGAGAACCUUUAAGGAUGAGGAGCUGCUCCCUCUGCAGCUGGUUCUGAAGAAGCUGGAUCUGAUCAGUGAGCUGAGGGAGAGGGUCAAAGUUCAGUGCGACUGCAGCUUCCUGUACUGGCACCGUGCUGUCUUCCCCAUCUACCUGGACGACGUUUACGACAACGCGGUGGACGCCGCGCGCAUACAUUACAUGUUCAGCGCUCUGAGAGACUGUGUUCCUGCCAUGAUGCAUGCCAGACACCUGGAGUCAUGUGAUCAGCUGCUGGAGAGCUACGACACGGAGAUCAUGGAGGUGUUCAACGAGCACCUGCUGGAUAAGCUCUGUAAGGAGAUUGAGAAGGACCUGCGUCUGUCCGUCCACACCCACCUGAAACUGGACGACAGGAACCCCUUCAAGGUGGGCAUGAAGGACCUGGCGCACUUCUUCAGCCUCAAGCCAAUCCGCUUCUUCAACCGCUUCAUCGACAUCAAAGCCUACGUGACGCAUUAUCUGGACAAGACCUUCUACAACCUGACGACGGUGGCCCUGCAUGACUGGGCCACCUACAGCGAGAUGAGGAACCUGGCCACCCAGCGCUACGGCCUGACGAUGACCGAGGCUCACCUGCCCAGCCAGACCCUGGAGCAGGGUCUGGACGUGUUGGAGAUCAUGAGGAACAUCCACGUCUUUGUGUCACGCUACCUCUACAACCUCAAUAACCAGAUCUUCAUUGAGAGAACCAGCAACAACAAGCAUCUGAACACCAUAAACAUCCGACACAUCGCCAACUCCAUCCGCACUCACGGGACUGGCAUAAUGAACACCACGGUGAAUUUUACCUACCAGUUCCUGAGGAAAAAGUUCUACAUCUUCAGCCAGUUCAUGUACGAUGAGCACAUCAAGUCUAGGCUGAUCAAGGACAUCCGCUUCUUCAGGGAGACUAAAGACCAGUCAGAUCAGAAGUACCCCUUUGAGAGGGCGGAGAAGUUUAACCGUGGGAUCAGGAAGCUGGGGAUAACCCCUGAUGGACAGAGCUAUCUGGACCAGUUCCGACAGCUCAUCAGCCAGAUAGGUAACGCCAUGGGCUACGUGCGCAUGAUCCGAUCGGGGGGUCUGCACUGCUGCAGCAGUGCCAUCAGGUUUGUACCGGACCUUGAGGACAUUGUGAACUUCGAGGAGCUGGUGAAGGAGGAAGGUCUCUCUGAGGAGACUCAGAAAGCAGCCAGUGUUCUGGACUCUGUUCUCGGGGAUCUGACGAGUAACUCGGCGGAGGGGACAGAGUAUUUCAAAAUGCUGGUGGGCGUGUUCUCCCCAGAGUUCCGCAGCGUCAAGAACAUGCACCUGAGGAACUUCUACAUGAUCGUGCCUCCCCUGACUGUGAACUUUGUGGAGCACUCCAUCAGCUGCAAAGAGAAGCUGAACAAGAAGAACAAAGUGGGAGCUGCCUUCACUGAUGAUGGCUUUGCCAUGGGUGUGGCCUACAUCCUGAAGCUGUUGGACCAGUACCAGGAGUUUGAUUCUCUGCACUGGUUCCAGUCGGUGAGGGACAAGUACAUGAAAGAGAUGAGCGCCGUGGCCAAGGAGCAGAACAUCCAGGCCUCCAGCCAGGACGAGAAGCUGCUGCAGACCAUGAACCUGACGCAGAAGAGACUGGAUGUCUAUCUGCAGGAGUUUGAGCUGCUGUACUUCUCCCUGAGCAGUGCGCGCAUCUUCUUCAGGGCCGACAAGACGGCCGCUGAGGAGAACCAAGAAAAGAAGGACAAAGAAGAGGCCUCCAAAACUGGCCCCAGUGACUCGGCUUCCUCCUCCUCCUCUUCCUCCGACCCCAUCCCGAAGUGAGACGUGAGGCCGCAGCUCGCACCAGGCAUCUCUCAUGGACAUAUCGCACAUUCGCCGGGAAAGCUCUGCCGGACUGAGCGGAGGAGGAAG